GCCGAAGUGGAAAUUCAAACCCGAAAACUCCCUUCCACGCUUUCCCCAAUAUUGACCGUCCAAAUAUCCUCUCUUUCUCGCUUCCUUCCUUCUCCGACGUAAUUCCUUCGCAUUUAUUUCUCCAAUUGCGCCCUCUUCCUGCUGCCGUGUGAUUAGAUGGCCUCCGUCGGAAUUCGCUGUCAAGGAAACUGUCAUUUUUUGAAUCUCCGGGGACCGGAAAAUUCUCCUGUUGGCCCCUGCUCCGUCGCGAUCUCCGCCGGUUCUGAUUCUUCGAAAUUGAAACGAUGGAGGAUGAAAGCUGCAAUGACAAUAAAAAAGAAUGAAAAUAUGAUCAGCACCUCCGAUUCGGCAGCUGCGAAUGCAGCGGUUGUAUAUGAAAAGCUGGACGAGUGGAUGAAAGAUUCGGUGGUGGAGAUAGUGAAGAAUUUAAGAGAAGCGCCGUUGUUGGUUCAGGUUUACGAUAAAGGCGAAACUACAGCGUUGAAGACGGAAAAAGCGGUAGAAGAGGAAACAUGGAGUACGGUGAAGGAAAAAUGGGGGAAAAGAGAGACGCCAUUGCCAGAAGGAGUUAUAUUCGUGGAGCAAUUAGAUGAAGAAGAUCCAGAGGAAAUCACAACGAGAGCAUGGGGAAUAGUUGUGCAAGGGAAAGGAGUGGAUUGUGGACCUGUUUGUUACUUGUUGAAGACAAGUAGAGUUGGGUCAGGUUUAGGGGCUUUUUGCACCCAUUUCUGCUUGAUGAAGGUGAAGAGUUUUAGGGAAAGUACAAGGUCUCAGCUUAAGAAUUUUUGGUUGCUGGAAGGCCAAUGAUCAUUUUCAUUUUAUUACUUGAUUGAUUGAUUGAUUGGUCAAUGAUUGAUCACUUACUUGGAACAAACCAUUGCCAAUGUGAUUAAAUUGGUUUCUGUACAUGACAUUGAUAUGUGUAAUAAAGAGAUUGUUUGAUCAAUCAACAACUCUAAUUGCAUGGCUUCUCUUAA